AUGGCUCCCGUCGCCACCUCCAACCAAAACACCCGCCAGGUUCGCUUCGUUGAGGCACAGAAGCUCCACGCCGAGCUCAACGCCGAGCAGGCUGCCAUCCACCACGAGGAGGCCAUCACUUCCGACAACUUCGACGAGAGCGGCUACGAUGAGGUGAAGCGCUCCGACGCCUUCUGGGCCGGCUCUCUGCCCGCCGCCCAGGGUCUCUACGACCCCGACAACGAGAAGGAUGCCUGUGGUGUCGGUUUCAUGUGCCAGAUCAAGGGCAAGCCCACGCACAAGAUUGUUUCUGAUGCGCGCUUCCUCCUCUGCAACAUGACCCACCGUGGUGCCGUCGGUGCCGACGCUCGUGACGGUGACGGUGCCGGUGCCAUGACUGGUAUCCCAGACGCCUUCUUCCGCCGCGAGUGCGAGCGCGACCUCAACGUCAAGCUCCCCGCUCAGGGCCAGUACGCCGUCGGUAACUUGUUCUUCAACCCCAAGGACGACAAGGCCCGCGCCGAGCACAUCCAGACCUUCACCAGCAUCGCCGAGAAGCUUCACCUUCGCGUUCUCGGGUGGCGUGAUGUCCCCGUCGACAACUCGAUCCUCGGCCCCGCUUCCAAGAGCAAGGAGCCCAAGAUCAUGCAGCCCUUCGUCGUCCUCAAGGACCACUACGGCUCUGGCGAUGCCCCUGCCGAGACCUCCAAGGCCUUCGACGAUCAGUACUUUGGCCGUCAGCUCUACGUUCUCCGCAAGCACGCCACCCACACCAUCGGUCUUCAGAACUGGUUCUACAUCUGCUCGCUCAGCCCCACCAACAUUAUCUACAAGGGUCAGCUCAGCCCCGUCCAGGUGUACAACUACUACUACGAUCUCAACAACGUCCACUACGCCUCUCACUUUGCCCUCGUCCACUCGCGUUUCUCCACCAACACCUUCCCCUCGUGGGACCGUGCUCAGCCUAUGCGAUGGGCCGCUCACAACGGUGAGAUCAACACUAUCCGCGGCAACAAGAAUUGGAUGCGCGCUCGUGAGGGUCUCCUCAAGUCCGAGACUUUCGGCGACGAGCUCGACCUCCUCUACCCCAUCAUUGAGGGUGGUGGAUCCGACUCGGCUGCUUUCGACAACGUUCUCGAGCUGCUCGUCAUCAACAACGUGCUUACCCUUCCUCAAGCCGUCAUGAUGAUGAUCCCCGAGGCCUGGCAGGGCGACAGCUCCCACAUGGAGCCCGAGAAGGUUGCCUUCUACCAGUGGGCCGCCUGUCUCAUGGAGCCUUGGGACGGUCCCGCGCUCUUCACCUUCGCCGACGGUCGCUACUGUGGUGCCAACUUGGACCGCAACGGUCUCCGACCUUGCCGUUACUACAUCACGGACGACGACAUUAUGAUCUGCGCCUCCGAGGUCGGUACCGUCACCAUCGACCCCAAGACCGUCAUCGCCAAGGGUCGUCUCCAGCCCGGUAAGAUGUUGCUCGUCGACACCGUCGAGGGUCGCGUCGUCGAGGACCGCGAGCUCAAGCUCACCACCUCGCAGCGUGCCGACUUUGCCGCUUGGCUCGAGAACCAGCUGCUGCGCUUGCCCGAGAUCGUCGACACCGUUCGUCGCAACACUAGCAACGCCAUCGCUCCCGUUCUCGACCAGGAGCGCCUUAGCACCGACCCCAAGCUGCUUGCUUUCGGUUACACCGCCGAGCAGAUCAACCUGCUCAUGCUUCCCAUGAUUGCCGACGGAAAGGAGGCUCUGGGUUCCAUGGGCAAUGAUGCUCCGCUCGCCUGUAUCUCGACCGCUCCUCGUGUCAUCUACGACUACUUCCGCCAGCUCUUCGCCCAGGUCACCAACCCUCCCAUCGACCCCAUCCGAGAGUCGGUCGUCAUGUCGCUCGAGCAGUACGUCGGUCCCGAGGGCAACCUGCUCGAGAUGAAGCCCGAGCAGUGCCACCGUCUGCUCCUCCCUUCGCCCAUCCUCAGCAUCGACGAGCUCAACGCCAUCAAGCAGAUCGACUCGGUGCACGGCGACUGGACUGCCAAGACCAUCGACAUCACCUACGACAAGGGUGAGGGCAUCAUCGGCUACGAGAGCACUCUCGACCGCAUCUGCUCCGAGACCUCGCAGGCCAUCCGCGACGGCUACCGUGUCGUUGUCCUCUCCGACCGAGCUGUCAGCGCCGACCGCGUCGCCAUCUCGUCCCUCGUUGCUUGCGGUGGUGUUCACCACCACCUCAUCCGCAACAAGGAGCGAAGCCGCAUCGCCCUCAUGAUCGAGUCCGCCGAGGCUCGUGAGGUGCACCACAUGUGUGUGCUCCUCGGUUACGGUGCCGAUGCCAUCUGCCCCUGGCUCGCCAUGGAGGCCAUCCUUAAGGUCGCUCGCGAGGGCCUCGUCAAGGCUGAUCUCUCGGCCGGCCAGCUCAUCGACAACUGGACCCACGCCGUCGACAACGGUAUUCUCAAGGUCAUGUCCAAGAUGGGUAUCUCCACCCUCGCCUCGUACAAGGGUGCGCAGAUCUUCGAGGCCCUUGGUCUUGCCAGCGACGUCGUCGACCGCUGCUUCGCCGGCACUGCCUCGCGUGUCUCUGGUUCCGACUUUACCCUGCUCGCCAUGGACGCUCUCGAGUUCCACGACCGCGGCUACCCUUCGCGUGACACCGUCUCCAUCCCCGGUCUUCCCGAGUCCGGCGAGUACCACUACCGUGACGGUGGUGAGGCGCACAUCAACGACCCUAUGGCUAUCGCCCACCUCCAGGAUGCCGCUCGCGAGCGCAACCAGUCUGCCUGGGACGCCUACUCCAAGGCCUCGCACAACGCCGUCAAGGCCACCUCGCUUCGCGGCAUGCUCGACUUUGACUACACCAAGUCGCGCGCCAUCCCCGUUGACCAGGUCGAGCCUUGGACCGAGAUCGUGCAGCGCUUCUGCACGGGUGCCAUGUCGUACGGAUCCAUCUCGAUGGAGGCGCACUCGGCGCUCGCCAUUGCCAUGAACCGUCUCGGCGGCAAGUCCAACACCGGUGAAGGUGGUGAGGAUGCUGAGCGAUCGAUCCCUCUCCCCAACGGUGACUCGCUCCGUUCCAAGAUCAAGCAGAUCGCCUCGGGUCGUUUCGGUGUUACCAGCAACUACCUUGCCGACUCGGACGAGCUGCAGAUCAAGAUGGCGCAGGGUGCCAAGCCUGGUGAGGGAGGAGAGUUGCCUGGUCACAAGGUCUCUCCCUCCAUCGCCCGCACGCGUCACUCUACCGCUGGUGUCGGUCUCAUCUCUCCCCCUCCUCACCACGACAUCUACUCGAUUGAGGAUCUCAAGCAGCUGAUUUACGAUCUCAAGUGCGCCAACCCGCGCGCGCGCGUCAGUGUCAAGCUCGUCUCCGAGGUCGGCGUCGGUAUCGUCGCCUCUGGUGUCGCCAAGGCCAAGGCUGACCACAUCCUGAUCUCGGGCCACGACGGUGGUACCGGUGCCUCGCGAUGGACUGGUAUCAAGUACGCCGGUCUGCCUUGGGAGCUCGGUCUCGCCGAGACCCACCAGACGCUCGUGCUCAACGACCUCCGUGGUCGCGUUACCGUGCAAACCGACGGUCAAAUUCGUACCGGUCGUGACGUCGCCAUCGCCUGUCUCCUCGGCGCCGAGGAGUUUGGCUUUGCGACCACUCCUUUGAUCGCCCUAGGCUGCAUCAUGAUGAGGAAAUGCCAUCUGAACACGUGUCCCGUAGGAAUCGCUACGCAGGAUCCCGAGCUCCGCGAGAAGUUCGCCGGCCAGCCCGAGGCCGUUAUCAACUUCUUUUACUAUCUCGCCGAGGAGCUUCGAUCGGUGAUGGCCAAGCUCGGUCUCCGUACCAUCAACGAGAUGGUCGGCCGAUCUGACCUUCUCAAGGUGGACGACAGCCUCCGUACGCCCAAGACCAAGAACCUCGAUCUCAGCGCCCUGCUGAAGCCCGCACACGAGAUGCGUCCUGGAGCGGCUACGUACAAGGUCCGUCAACAGGACCACAAGCUCUACGUCCGUCUUGACAACAAGUUCAUCGAUGAGGCCGAGCCUGCCCUCACCCAGGGUCUGCCCGUCCAGAUCGAAUGUGACGUUGUCAACACGGACCGAGCCCUUGGUACCACGCUCUCGUACCGUGUCUCGAAGCUGUACGGUGAGGAGGGUCUGCCGCGUGACACCAUCCACAUCAACGCCAAGGGUUCGGCUGGUCAAUCGCUCGCUGCCUUCCUGGCUCCCGGUAUCACCAUCGAACUCGAGGGAGACUGCAACGACUACGCUGGCAAGGGCAUGUCCGGAGGACGUCUCAUCGUUUACCCUCCCAAGGAAUCUUCCUUCAAGGCUGAAGAAAACGUCAUCGUCGGCAACACCACCCUCUUCGGUGCCAUCACAGGGCACGCCUACUUCAGGGGAUUGGGUGCAGAGCGUUUCGCCGUCCGCAACUCUGGUGCCCAUGCCGUCGUCGAAGGCGUCGGCGACCACGCAUGCGAGUACAUGACCGGAGGUCGAGUUGUUGUUCUCGGACCCACUGGACGCAAUUUCGCUGCCGGCAUGAGCGGAGGUAUCGCCUACGUGCUGGACAUGAACCGCGACUUCCACACCAAGUGCAACACCGAGAUGGUGGAGCUUGGCCCUGUCAAGGAUCCCAAGGAGAUUGCCGAGCUGCGCAACCUGAUCGAAAAUCACCGCCACUACACUCACUCCACCGUGGCCGACCACGUCCUCCACGAGUUCCACCACAUUCUGCCCCGCUUCGUGCGCGUCAUGCCCCUUGACUACAAGCGCGUGCUCGAGGAGGAGGCCGCCAAGGCCGCUGCCGACAAGAAGCGAUCGAGCCACGUCGACCUGCUCGGCACGCUCUCUCGCCACGGCUCUCAGGUCGAGAUCUUGGUUCAAGAGGACAACCCGAAGGACAACGCUGCCGACAAGGUUCGCGAGAUCCCCGCUGCCAAGCCUGUUGAGCCCAACGUGGUUGAUGUCGAGGACUCCAUGGUCGACGACGAGACCGCCAAGGCUCGUCUCAGCAAGCUCGACAAGACGCGCGGCUUCAUGAAGUACAAGCGUCUCGGUGAGAAGUACCGCAACCCCACCAAGCGUGUCAAGGAUUUCAAGGAGCUCUCGGUCCGUCUCAGCGAUGCCGAGCUUAAGUACCAGACGGCUCGUUGCAUGGAUUGCGGUGUUCCCUUCUGCCAGGCCGACACUGGUUGCCCCAUCUCGAACAUCAUUCCCAAGUGGAACGAUCUCGUGUUCAAGGGUCAAUGGGAGGAUGCGCUCAACCGUCUCCUCAUGACCAACAACUUCCCCGAGUUCACCGGUCGUGUCUGCCCCGCUCCUUGUGAGGGCGCCUGUGUGCUCGGCAUCACCGAGCAGCCCGUCGGCAUCAAGUCGAUCGAGUGCGCCAUCAUCGACAAGGGCUUCGACGAGGGCUGGAUGGUUCCUCGUCCUCCCAAGGUCCGCACUGGCAAGACGGUCGCCGUCAUCGGCUCCGGUCCCGCCGGUAUGGCUGCCGCUGACCAGCUCAACCGCGCUGGUCACUCCGUCACCGUCUACGAGCGCGCUGACCGCAUCGGUGGUCUGCUCAUGUACGGUAUCCCCAACAUGAAGCUCGACAAGGGUGUUGUUCAGCGUCGUGUCGACCUCAUGGCCGCUGAGGGUGUCAACUUCAUCACCAGCACCGAGGUUGGUCGUGACGUUGACCCCAAGCAGCUGCACGCUCAGAACGAUGCCGUCAUCUACGCUGUCGGUGCCACCUGGCCUCGUGAUCUCAAGAUCACCGGCCGCGAGGCCGACGGUGUUCACUUCGCCAUGGACUUCCUCUCGCCCAACACCAAGUCGCUGCUCGACUCUGGCCUGCAGGACGGCCACUACCUCAGCGCCAAGGACAAGGACGUCAUCGUCAUUGGCGGUGGUGACACGGGUAACGACUGUCUCGGCACCUCGCUCCGUCACGGCGCCAAGAGCAUCGUCAACUUUGAGCUGCUGCCUCAACCCCCCAACGAGCGAGCCAAGGGCAACCCCUGGCCUCAGUUCCCUCGCGUCUUCAAGGUGGACUACGGUCACACCGAGGUGGCGGCACAGUGGGGUUCGGACCCGCGCGAGUACUGCAUCUCCACCACCUCGUUCGAGAAGGAUGCCGAGGGCAAGCUCGUGGCGCUCAACACGAUCAAGGUCAACUGGGAGCUCGACGCGUCUGGCAAGUGGCAGAUGAACAAGAUUCCUGGUUCCGAGAAGCGAUGGCCAUGCGAUCUGUGCUUGCUCUCGCUCGGUUUCCUUGGACCCGAGAACGACGCCAUCUCGGCGUUGGGUCUCGAGCAGGAUGGACGAAGCAACAUCAAGGCGGACGACCAGAAGGGCAAGUCGCCGUACAAGACCAACGUCGAGCGCGUCUACACUGCGGGCGAUUGCCGACGUGGUCAGUCGCUCAUCGUGUGGGGCAUCCAGGAGGGUCGUGCGUGCGCUGCUCAGGUUGACAGAGACCUGAUGGGCAACACCCGCCUCCCCUGGGCCGGCUCCAUCAAGAAGCGCGAGUUCCUCCCCAUCACUGGCGAGAAGGCAAAGGUCGCUGCUACCGCCUAA